AUGCCCAGCGCUAGCUUCAACGGCCGCAGAGCAGUGGGUCACGCUCACAUUUUUGCAAAGGCAGUUCAAUUCCAACCUCAGGAAGACACCGAAUUCUCCCGCCCAAGUGCGUCUCACCGCAAGGUCGUUAACAUAGGCGACAUUCUCGACGACCGCUACCGAGUCGUCCACAAGAUCAAGCAAUGCAGCAGAUCCGUCUCCUACCGCUGCCGGGACUUGGAAGACGAAAAAUGGCGCCGCGUCACCGUUGCCCGCUCGCAUGAAUUUAUGACCGCCAUGGACGAGUUUGAAAGGGGACUCGAAGCGAGACGUCGGCUUGGUGAGCAAGAGGCCGAGCGCCAGGGCUUCUGUCUAAAGGUCUUCUCGAUUGCUGGACCCGGCGGCAUUUAUAUGAGCCUGGUUUAUCCUCUUAAUUCUCACGAGUGCGAUCUGCGGUUUGCUGCGCCUUAUGACGAGGCUUACUUCUUGGAUAAGCUCAGGCAGUGGGAAGAGAGGGAGUAA